AUGGAGGGGCUCCGAGCGUUUCACAACGUGGUGAAGGAGACCCUGCUGUCUGAGGCUCUCUCGAGAUGCAGGAACGGCAGGGACCUGAAGGUGUUGGACUUUGCGUGCGGGUGCUUGGGGGACGUGCACAAGUACGACCGCACCGGUAGGAUCCGCAGGGUCGUUGGGCUCGACGUUGAUGGGAAGGCGCUCGAAGAGGCGGAGAGGCGCAGCAAACCGUAUGCUGGGAGGAUGGACGUCAGCUUACUACCUCCUAUCGACUGUAGGGACCUCGAUCUCGCGUCCGAAGCGCUGUGCGGCGAGAGAUUCGACCUGCUGGUCUGCAAUUUCGCCGUGCAGUACUUCGCAACCGGGCCCGAGGAGACGGCCCGCUUCGCGCGCUUCAUCAAAGCACACCUGGACGGUCCUCGCUCGAUAUUCAUCGGUUGUGCGAUGAAUGGAGACAAGGUGGACCUCAUAUCGAACGCCAGCGGGACGUUCGCCAACGACAUCAUCGGCGUGCGAAGGGAGGGAGAGACGUUCGCGGUCGCGAUGAACGAGAGGACCAGAUACUAUGCGAAGCAGGGGGCGAGCAUAUCGGAACCGAUAUUCCGUCCGGAGAGUCUCAUCACGGGGGCUCUCGAGUCGGGGCUUCGACUGCUGGAUUGGACGUCUUUUGCGGAAUACGACGCCACCAAGCUCCUGUUCCACAAGCAGAAGGAGUCCAUGUGCGUGCGCGACUGGGUCGCGAUGGAGUUCUUGCGAGUGGACAUGGGCACGUUCCUAGAAUGGUACUGUGCAGACGGCAUGCUGUCGGUCAUAAAUGGCCCGCCGUUCUUCGACGAGGGCAACGGGGCCGCAUACGCGCGGAACAUCCCGUCCCUCACCGAACGAUGCGCUGCUGUGUGCGAGAGGCUAGGGCUCAAGACGUGGGAGGGACACCCCCAUCUCCCGGACGGCUUCACCAUAAGCGUGCCGACCGGCCUCCCCAGAUGCCCCGUGCUGCUACUGUAUGGCAGAGAAUCUUCGAGAGAAGGCUGGAGCUCGUUUGACGGACUGAGCUCGGCCUUACGCCUCAUAGAGGGCGACUGCCGAAUCGGCGUGCCGUGCGAGGGAUCCGUCUUCGGAGAGGUGCCCGCAGCGGAGAGCGUGUCCGAAAUAGUGCGGGCGCUCGAAGCUCACGCGAAAUAA